AUUUCGUUAGACAUUAUUAAUAUUAAAGGUAUUUCAUCAGCUCAAAGGUCAAGAUGAUGAUAAAGAUAGCGUAAAGAACUCUCACCGACAAAACAAACUUAAAGUGCGCUAAAAUUUGUUCGAUUGUUCGAAUGCAAAUUAAAAAUGCCGCAAAAUAAACAAAAAUCCGCUAAAGAAAAACUCAUAGAAUUUUUGGAAAACAACAGAGGCUUAGUCGUACUGUUCUUUUGCCUACCGGCUAGUUUCCUAUUCGACCUAUUUCUAACAGCCAAACGAAACAUCCACAGGCUGCUAUUCAGCAGUCCCAAAUUACACGAAACUCGCGCGGCGAAAAUCCAAUCGCAAAUUCGCAAAUGGAACGAAUCGCCGAAAGAAAACAGAAAAUUACUCUGCACGUCGCGCCCCAAUUGGCUCAGUUUAUCCACCACUUUCUUCAAAAAAGACCAAUGCCAUCAAAUCCAAGUGGAUUUAUUCGACAUACUAUCGCUGGACGAAGAAAAUCUAACGAUAAGAUUAGAACCAAUGGUAACGGUAGGAGAAAUAACCAAUUACCUCAUACCGAAGGGUUAUACGCUAGCAGUAACUCUAGAAAUAGCAGAUGCUACCGUAGGAGGUCUCGCCAUGGGCACCGGCAUGACUACGCACUCUCACAAAGUAGGUUUAUACCAAGAAAAUGUCGUAUCCUACGAAGUUAUAUUAGGCGAUGGAAGCCUAGUAAUCGCCUCGAAAGAAGAAAACGAAGAUUUAUACAACUGCCUACCUUGGUCGCACGGUAGUUUAGGCUUCCUGGUAGCCCUUACAUUGAAAAUAGUCAAAAUUAAACCGUACAUAAAAAUGAGCUACACUCCCGUGAAAGGUCAAAAGGACUACUGCGAGAUGAUCAGGUUCCUUUCGGGAGACGAUGGUACCGAUUACCCCGUAGCCGAUUACAUCGAAGCUACGAUAUUCAAUCGAAACGAAGCCGUUAUUAUGACAGGACAAUAUUCCGAUUACCAACCUACUCUACCAAUAAACAACGUCACUAAUUGGUACAAACCGUGGUUUUACAAAUACGUCGAAACGUUUUUAACUAGAGGAAAACACACCGAACUCAUACCGAUCAGGGAAUAUUUACUGCGCCACAACCGAGCGAUAUUCUGGGUAGUCGAAUCGAUGAUACCGUUCGGAAACAAUCCCUUAUUCAGGCUGUUAUUCGGUUGGCUUUUACCGCCUAAACCCGCAUUUUUGAAGUUCACCACGACCCCCGGUAUCAGAAACUUCACGUUCACCAAGCAAGUGUUCCAAGACAUCGUACUUCCCAUAAGGAAACUAGAAGAUCAGAUAAACGUAUCGGAGAAACUGUUCGACGCUUAUCCUCUGCUGGUAUAUCCUUGUAAAAUUUACGAUCACGGAGAAAUGAGCGGACAAAUCAAACGACCCAAUCCGGAUUAUAUUGUGGAUGGUACUAAUUACGCUAUGUACAAUGAUUUAGGAGUGUACGGAGUGCCGGGUUUCGUGAAACGUAAGGAGAAAUACAACCCUGUGGAUUCCAUGAGGAACAUGGAGAAGUUUACUAGAGACGUUGGUGGUUUUUCGUUUCUAUAUGCGGAUAUUUUCAUGACGAGGGAAGAAUUCGAAGAAAUGUUCGAUUUGAAACUGUACGAAAUCGUCCGGAGGAAAUAUUUCGCUGAUGGAGCCUUUCCGCAUUUGUACGAUAAAGUCAAGCCCGAGAUAGACGUUUUCGAAUUGGGAAGGCAAUGCGAAUGAAACCUGUAUUGUAAUUUUACUUACCUUUAAGUUAGAUAUAUGUUUG